CACAAAUCAAACUCACCCAGCGCCCGGUGGAGAGAUAAAGGCAGAUGGGAAAGAGUGUGGCGUGCACGCACAGAAAGCCCUUACGACGCCAGUGGACUGUAACGGAGAACGUCCAAUAGCGGCUAUCGGGGUGAAGCGAAAUGCGCUCAUUUUUUUUCCCAUAGAGUAGGAAUAUGACAAGGCGUGUGAACAGGACGGGAGAUGAGCUUCACACAGUUUCGGAGACCCUCUUCUCCUUGUGAUCUUACCCAGUACGCCUUUGAGCCGCAGGGCUUCGGGCGUGUAGAGGACAGAAAGCGCACCGCACAAAGCCGCUCCAGCUCAACUGCGGAUCGGAGAAUUUUUUUUCUGCCUGUAUCUUAUUAAAAUCUGCUGGAGUACUGUGUGCCAAGAGGAAUGGUGGCCGUCACCAUGAGGGUUCUUUCAGCGAACUUGUUUUCUCUGCUUCUCCUGUGCGCCCUCGCAAGUGUUUUCUACGUCUGGAGCGCACUGGAGGACCGUUUGGAGCGACACAAACGGAGGUUCUCAGUACCAGGUGCAGGGUCCUUUCACCAAGCUCUCCCAGUGGACCUUUCAGCCAAAACUUUCCGUGCAUUGCUUGCUGUCCCAGCGGCACAGAGACUGCACUUUGGAGACAGACUAAAGACUCGCCUCAACCUCACCAAUCAACCUGUCUCUGCAGGAAAUCGAGAUUACAAUAUGAAUGGGGAUAACAAGAGGUCAGCCCCGCGGGAGGGCCCGGUCAAGUUGUCCCCAUUGGAAGACGGAAUAUUUUGGAACGAAUGGCUGGAAGAUACCCUUCCUGCGGGAUUCACGGAGGAAUAUGCUCUGGCUUGGCAAAAGAAAGCGAGGACGUACCGGGUGGUGAAGCUGGAGCCGGGAUGCGGCAGGAUAUCCAAUCAGCUUGCCACGUUUGCAGACGGGACCAAAGCUUGUGUGCGUUACGGGAUAAACGCGGACCAAGUGCAGGGUGAAACUUUGACUUAUUACCUUGCACGUUUGCUUGGCAUCACAAACCUGCCCCCUCUCAUACUGUCCCAGCUGGACAGUGACAGUGAGCAAUGGGAAAGUGUGAGGACGCGGAUAGAUGGUUUACAGUGGAAUGACCGAGCCGUGGUUUCUCUAACUCAGUGGAUCUCCAACCUGACAGGGGUCAUCACACCUGCGCCGCUGAGACAGGAGAGCAGCGGGCUGCAUCCUGCGCUCAAGGAGCUCUGGAACAAGACAGCGGUGGAGCUGCUGGAGCUGAUGCAGUGGACAGACCUGAUCGUAUUAGACUACCUGACGGCAAACUUUGACAGGCUCGUCAGCAAUUUGUUUAGUCUGCAGUGGGACUCCCGUGUAAUGGAGAGAGACACGAACAAUCUCCUGAAAACCCCUCGCGGUGACCUCGUAUUCAUAGACAACGAGGCCGGAUUAGUGCACGGGUUUCGAGUGUUAAACAUGUGGGAGAAAUAUCACAAUACAGUCCUGAGCUCUGUGUGCGUGUUUAGAAAAAGGACCACGCAGCGCGUGGCAGAGCUGCACACGCGCAGAGACUCCAGGCAAAGGCUGCUGGAGCUCUACAGAGACAGCGAGCCUUUGUCUCAGGAAUUAGGAUUUCUCUCAGAUGAGCACGCCGGUGUUCUCCAGGACAGGAUAGACAGAUUAUAUACACACAUUGUGCAUUGCAAAGGAAAAUACGGCCAGCUGUGAACAUUCAGCAUGCACAGGUGAUGGAUUUGUUGUCUGCCUGCACAGUAAUGAGCUUUGCAAACGCAGCUGGCACACCUGUGCUAAGCUGAUGCGCAUUACACAGAAAAAAAUGUCUUGAAUAUCCAGCUGAACUACCUCCUGUGAAUAGAAUGUGUUUCCUAGUUUAUCAAUGAAUCAGUUUGACACGUUUAUAAGCUGAGAUAUUCACUGUUCGCCUCACUGUGAAGAAUGACCCUGUCUUUACUUCACCCCUCUGAUGUUCACCUGAAUAUGACUAAAUGUAAAGAGUAGACUAUGCGUGGUGGGUAUCAUAAACUACCCCUUCAUGUGCGGUUUGGAUUGUUGAUUUAUGUUCAAUAAUCCCAAUGAUAAACUCCUAAGCCUUAAUGUAAGUUGACUCUUGAAUAUUGUAUUUCUGUUGACGUUCAGCUCGCUCUUUUAGAGAAGAUCUUUUGCACACACAUUGCCAGCACCUGCACUCUUGUAAUUGUGUUUGGAUAGCGUACUUAGCCUUAAUUUCACAGGUGGAGCAUAUUCAUUUGUGCAUUUGUCUGAUGUAAAUACUGUCUGCCAACCUGUUUUGGAAAUUUGAUGCUAAACUAAUUUAAUGUGCUUUUUAACAUUCCAAAAAACUCUUGUUUUUUUUUUUAUAAAUAUGCUGUAAUUUAACUUCUCUGUUAAUGCGUAUUUUGUAUGCAGUUUGUUCUUAACUGCCUUAUUAGAACGCAUCAAAUAUUUACCUAUUUUGUGUGGAGUGCUGUUUUUUUUUUCUUUUUUCCUUGUUUUUGAAGCCUCUGUUGCCUCUGUACUUUCCCAUACAGUGCUCUCAUUGUACUGUAGAAAUAUCUUGCACUGGCACACUUCCCCAGGAGCCAUUCUGUCAGCCACAGGCACGCUACAACAGGCGUCUCUAAUCCCCUUUAUAAUCUCACCCAGAAUGAUGAACUGAAGGAGACGAGUGACAUUAUUUGACAUCAUUUGAAAAGGAAUUUGCUGUUCCCUAACUAUAUUAUGACAUUUCAUAGCUAUACCGUAUAUUGCAGAAUAUUUUUCGCAUAAUAUAAAUUGGUCAACCUAUAAGCAGUCUGCCUUACUGGUUGCAUGUGCUGCAUGUGCUGUUAAUGAGUGUUUUGCCCUCAGUGGAGAGACUUGUUUACGGCUUUUUAUGGGUUGGAAAUGUAACCGUGAAAGGUUUUCAAGAGAAAAACCUCAAGGCCAGCUGCGUUAUUUCGCUGUAUAGUCUGUGCUGUCACUUUACAUCAGCACAUAAUUUUUUAAAUUUGAACCUUAUAGAGCCAUACUUUUCUUAUUCGUUCCACUACAGGCCUACUUCUGUGUCUGAUCUCUGGUUCCAGACUUAUGAGCACAUCUAAGGGAAAGACAGUGAUCAAACUUUUGACAGACUAAUUCUUUCCAGCCUUUUGCUAUCCUAGAGCCCAUCUGGUUUCUUUUAAAAUUUCUUUAUAUAUGUUCAACUCCAGGACACGCCACAAACUGUUUGCGCGACUCCACGAAGAGAGAUGAAUGCACCUUGUAAAAUAGUGGCUCGAUCUUUGUACUUAUACUUUAUUUCAUGGUUUACGGCAUGUUUCAGUGAAUUGUUCUUCUGCCUGCUAGGUCACUGCAUAAAGGGAGACAGGCAGCAAAAGUGUAAAUAGGUGUAACUGGAGGCAUUCUGCUGUGCUUCAGCUGUAAUAGGGACUUGGGGAUCAAUAUGUGCACUGACUGGUGUGUAGGCGAAAGAAGGUCAUGUUAAUGUGCUGCCUUUUCAGUUAAAAUAGGAACAUGUGUUUCAAGGCCCUUGCAAAAUCUACACUUGCAGCUGGGUAUGGUGCUCCAGGCAUGUCUGUUAAUACCAAACUCUGCAAAGAGAUUUACAACCGGCUGCAGGCUCUGGGGAUUAAAAACAAUGCAAAGCUAAGGUCUGCAUGUCGAAGACAGACUUGUGACCUUUCCUCCUUUCUUGCCUCGCAUGAUUUCCCCUUCCGUAUUCCAUCCACACCAUGCCCAUCUUUUUGUGCAUCUGUCUUUGCUCUUAACAUCACUGUCAGCUUCAUUUAUUACCUAAAUUGAAAAUGAAAGUUUCAUUUUCCUAAUUAGUUUUUUUGUGGAUUCCUUUGCACAAGAAAGUCAUUUUUUAACCCGGGUUUCCUGCCAGCUGUAAUCACACUAAUGGGGUAUUUCAAAGAGGUUGUUGAAACACCCUUAACUGUUCACAUAUGUUCUUCCUUCACUCUUACCGCCUUGCUUAUUUCAGAUAACCACACAGACUUCAUGAGGUCUUUUUUUUCCCCCACCCAACACCAACAAAAUCUUCAUACAGAUAAGUUUGUGUAGUUGUGUAAUGAAUGCAAUUCGUCCUAGCUUGUGGCAUCAGUGCAGCAGAUUAUUUUACUUACAAGUUAAUACGUGUCAGUUUUCUUCUGUUUCCUGCAGAUGUGUUCGUUUUUUUUCUGUGUAAGUACAGACAGCCAGGGGCUAACAGCAUGCCCGAGCACAGACCCCAGGUACUCGAGCCAAUCUUGUUCUUCUUUGUGCAAAUUUCAAACAUUCCUGAGGAGCUGAGGGAGGAUCAUCUCCACAGACACACCAGCACACACAGACACUUCUCAGGCACUGAAGCGUCCCAGCUGUGUACACAAACCGCUGUCAACGUUGACUCAGAUCCUUUUUCAUCUUUUAAAAAAAAAAAAAAUUACAGCAUGCUACAUUUUAUUAGGAACAGAAAGACAUUUCAGUAGAUGCUAAUUAUUGUUGCUUUCUUGCUGUAAGGUAAGUGAGAGUCUAGUCAGUUUGGCGUCAGGAGGCUAUACAGCCACAAUCUUAUUAACUAAAAGGAAAAUCUACUUAUCAGCUCUUCUAAAUCUCACAAAUAAACCUUUUACUGUAUCUUG